UUCCUCGCAUCAGCGGCCACGCGCCAUUUCUGUCGUUGCACAUUAAUUAUUCCCACAGUCUCCAGGUAGGCUAUUACCUAAUGCGUUUUUCUCACGGUGCUCGGUGUCUUAAUGCGUUUUCCGAGUUUCUAACAAAUUAUUCACUCUGUCUCGGGCGCGUGAUGCACUGCAAAUUGAAUGAUGGCGCGAAAGAGCACUUGAGUCGGCGCGUGCGUUCAGGUGCUCACAUAUCCUCCCGCAAAAACUACGCACUCAGGGAAAACGCUAGGCGUAUAAUCUCUGCGCGACAGUACGUUCAGCUCCUCUGUAUUUCCAAGGAAGACACGCGAAGUACUGCAAUGAGCUGUCGUGUCCAGUGACCCGCUGGCGAUGGGAUCUGACCGGCAUACUGAUACGCUCCGCCAGCAGCGUCAGCACCGGGGAGCGCGACAGACGCCGCGCCACUUAGGUUUUCGUUAGAGUUGCUCAUUUCUUUGCGUUUGUAGUAUUUUGAUGUUGGUCUCGUCGUCGCGCAUGCGUUGCUGUGUAGCUGAAAUUGCUGGAGUGCUUCUUCAGACUUUGAGCUACUGCUUCUCGGUCAGUGAUGAGAGGGAUGCUGGUCGCUCGGGAUCACUGGCGCGCGCGGAUCUUGUGUCUCCUAGUGCUCGUGGCUUUGACGGUCGGUCGCAGCCCACCAGCGCACAGUGUAAAUGAACCAAGCAACAUGUCAUACGUCAAAGUCACUGUGGAUAAACUACUCAAAGGCUAUGACAUCCGUCUCAGGCCUGACUUUGGAGGUCCUCCGGUUGAUGUCGUUAUGAGUAUCGACAUCUCCAGUAUCGACAUGGUGUCAGAAGUGAACAUGGACUAUACCAUCACCAUGUAUUUCCAGCAGUCUUGGCGUGAUAAGCGUCUGUCCUACACAGGGAUUCCUCUCAAUCUUACUUUGGAUAACCGAGUGGCUGAUCAACUCUGGGUGCCUGAUACUUACUUUAUAAAUGACAAGAAAUCUUUUGUCCAUGGGGUCACAGUGAAGAACCGCAUGAUUCGUCUGCAUCCUGAUGGGACUGUGCUCUAUGGUCUCAGGAUAACUACCACAGCUGCAUGCAUGAUGGAUUUGCGGAGAUACCCGCUGGAUGAGCAGAACUGCACGCUGGAGAUUGAAAGUUAUGGCUACACCACAGAUGACAUUGAGUUCUACUGGCAGGGAGGAAGUUCAGUGACGGGGGUGGACAACAUUGAGCUGCCGCAAUUCUCUAUUAUUGAUUAUAAAACACUGUCUAAGAAAGCGGUGUUUGCCACAGGGUCAUAUCCUCGUCUGUCUCUCAGUUUUAAACUGAAGAGAAACAUUGGGUAUUUCAUCCUGCAGACCUACAUGCCUUCAACAUUGAUCACCAUCCUAUCCUGGGUCUCUUUCUGGAUCAACUAUGAUGCCUCCGCUGCAAGAGUUGCACUAGGAAUCACCACCGUACUGACUAUGACCACUAUCAACACUCAUCUCAGGGAGACUUUGCCCAAGAUCCCUUAUGUGAAGGCCAUAGACAUCUAUCUGAUGGGCUGCUUUGUCUUUGUGUUCCUGGCCUUGCUUGAGUAUGCCUUCGUCAACUACAUAUUCUUCGGCCGUGGUCCACACUUGCAGAAGAAAGUGGCAGAAAAAGCCACAAAAAGCAACAAUGAAAAGUGUCGCAUGGAGAGUAACAAAGUUCAGUUUGAUCUCCGUGGAAACAUUCCCCUGACAAACCUUGACCUGCGCCUUAGUGGAGCAGAGAUGUUAGGUGCUCUUGGGGACCCAAGGAACACCAUGUUCUCUUAUGAUAGUGCCAGCAUCCAAUACCGAAAGCCCCUCACAGGUCGGGACCUCUACGGCCGGCCCACUGCCUCUGUCGAGAGGCCAGUGGCACGAAAAAAGAGUCGUCUUAGGAGGCGAGCCGCUCAGCUAAGGGUGAAGAUUCCCGACCUGACAGACGUAAACUCCAUCGACAAGUGGUCACGUGUCAUCUUUCCCAUCACCUUCACCUUCUUUAACUUAGUAUACUGGUUGUAUUAUGUCCACUAGGGAGCAGCACUGACUCGACCCAGCCAUUCACACAUCAGGUCAGGCUCUCUUACCCUCCUCUUGGUUUUGACUGUCAGUCAGACGGGAGGAAAAGGUGCAUCCUGUAGGUAACCCUUCUCUGUAAAUGAUUAAACUAUAAAGAAUAUAUCAUUUAAAUCUAUAUUCUAAUUUUUAAAUAAGAAAAAAUUACUACCCAACAUUUAAAGGUGUUUAAUGUAGAUGUUGCAAAUAUUAUUUUUAAAUUGUCACUUGAUUUUUGCACUUUGCUUUAGUAGAAUCAGUUUCACUGACUGCUGAAACUACAGAUUCACAGUGGGUUGAAAAAAAAAAGGCUUUUCUUUAGAGACGACUGCACUGCAGCUAUAUCAGACAGGCUUAAAUCUUUAAAACUGCAUUUGGAAGUUGUUUUAAAGAGAUAGUUCACCCAAAAAUGUACUCAUUUACUCAUCCUCAUGU